GCCUGACCGAGGCCCAGCUUGGCGAGGGCCCCCUCGCCCUCCCGGAGGGCGACGUUCCGCCCGCCGCCCAGGCUGGGGGCGGGGGCUCCGCGCGGCGGCCCCCGCCCCAGCCGGGGUAUAUUAAAUAUGCUUCGCUUGUCAAUUUCUCGCGCGUACGUUUCUGCAGAGGAGGCGGGUCCGCCCCCCGUGCGCGCAGGCGCGCGCCCAGCCUGGGAAGCCGCAGGCUCCGCGUUGGGUGACCACAGGCUGGUUAUUGUAGGUGGCUGUGGGACCCUUUGGUGGUCCAUGAAUGGGAGAGUAGAGAUGGAGAUGUUGAGGACCUUGAAGGGCACUGCUGCUGGGGAGGUCAGCGUCCACCUGGUUGCCAACGACAGCACUGGCCACCUGCCAGCCACCACCUUCAUCAUCCCAGCCAACACCACAACCAUCAGCCUCCCCACCAAUACUUUAGAAAUCCCACGGUUCCCCAGGGAGUCUGCAAGAGCAGGAGGAUCAGAGCGGAUCCCAGGAAGCGAGCCGGUCACAGCUACGGUUCUCCCCCAGCUCAGUUCGGGGCAGGCUGGCAAUACGGUCCGAGUGCUUGAGUGGAAGGACGGGGCAGCCUCUCUGCCUGGGAGCAACCUACGGCUGCGGAUCAGUGACUAUGGAACGCUAAAGGUGGUGGGCACAGACAAGUUAAGCUCCCCAGAGCUGCUCCGGGAAGACUUGGACCCAGACAGAGCCUCUCAGGGACCGAUUGUUGGUGGGGAUGCUGCUUCCCAGAUGCAGGAAUGCCCUCAGGGGCGCCAAGAUGAGCAAACUUUGGGCCAUUGCCACAUGUGUGGGCGUCAGAAUGUAACAGGGCAAAUCAGGGGUUUCUGCAGCGAGCAGUGCCAUCGACAGUUCAAAGAACGAUCUGUGAUCGUGGAGAACUCGGUGGGCAGCAACAACACAUCCGAGCUCCUGAAGCCUGUGAAGAAGAGGAAAAGGAAGGAGUACCAGAGCCCCUCUGAGGAAGAAUCCGAGCCCGAACCUCUGGAGAAACAAGAGGAGCGCAAGAGCCUGGGGCCUGAGCCCACCGCUGACACCCCCGAAAGUGAGGAAUGGAGCAGCCAGCCUGGAACUGGGGAGGAGAAGAAGGACGGCUGGUCGUGGGCCACGUACCUGGAGGAGCAGAAGGCCAUCGCCGCGCCGCUGGAUCUCUUCCAUGAUUGUCAGGCUUUCCCUCAGAACAAGAACGGCUUCAAGCUGGGCAUGAAGCUGGAAGGGAUUGACCCUCAGCACCCAUCCAUGUACUUUAUCCUCACGGUGGUGGAGGUUUGUGGGUACCGAAUGCGAUUGCACUUUGAUGGCUACUCCGAGUGCCACGACUUCUGGCUCAAUGCUGAUUCCCCCAAUAUCCACCCCGCUGGCUGGUUUGAGAAGACUGGACACAGACUACAGCCCCCCAAAGGUUACAAGGAGGAAGAGUUCAGCUGGAGCAACUACUUACGAAGCACCAAGGCCCAGGCUGCCCCCAAGCACCUGUUUUCCAGCCAUAGCAAUAGCUCAGUGCCCACAGGCUUCCAGGUGGGCAUGAAGCUGGAGGCUGUGGACCGCAUGAACCCCUCCCUCAUCUGCGUGGCCAGUGUCACUGACGUGGUGAAUGGUCGCUUCCUGGUGCACUUUGACAACUGGGACGACACCUAUGAUUACUGGUGUGACCCCAGCAGUCCUUACAUCCACCCUGUUGGCUGGUGCCAGAAGCAAGGAAAACCUCUCACCCCUCCACAAGAUUAUCCAGAUCCUGAUAGUUUCUGCUGGGAAAAAUACCUAGAAGAGACUGGAACUUCUGCUGUCCCUUCCUGGGCUUUCAAAGUGCGACCACCCCAUGGCUUUCUCAUCAACAUGAAGCUUGAAGCCGUGGACCGAAGAAGUCCAGCUCUGAUCCGAGUGGCCAGCGUGGAGGAUGUGGAAGACCACAGGAUAAAGCUCCAUUUUGAUGGCUGGAGUCACGCCUAUGACUUUUGGAUUGAUUCUGACCAUCCUGACAUACAUCCUGUGGGCUGGUGCUCCAAGACUGGCCAUCCCUUACAGCCCCCACUCAGACCCAGAGAACCCAGCUCUUCCUCUCCUGGGGGCUGCCCCCCACUCAGCUGUAAAAGCCCACCUCACGUUAAGACCUCCAAGUACAGUUUUCACCACAGGAAGUGCCCCACCCCUGGCUGUGAUGGCUCCGGCCAUGUCACGGGAAAGUUCACGGCCCACCAUUGCCUCUCAGGCUGCCCUCUGGCCGAGAGGAACCAAGGCCGCGUGAAAGCUGAGCUGUCGGACACCGAGGCCUCUGCCCGCAAGAGGAACCUCAUUGGCUUCACCCCCAGGAAGAAAUCCCGACACCACGGCCGGAUCGGGCGCCCUCCAAAGUACCGGAAAAUCCAGCAGGACGACUUCCCGGCUUUGCCCCCCGACAACAUGCAUCAAUCCUUCUUCAUGUCGGCCUUGCCAGCUCACCCGGGUCGUUCUUUGUCCACAUGCUGGGAGCAACACUGCAAACUCCUGCCGGGAAUAGCAAGUGUCAAUGCAGCAUCAGUGACCAAAUGGACCAUCGAGGAGGUCUUCAGCUUUGUCCAGAUUCUGACGGGCUGUGACGAACAAGCUAAACUCUUCAGAGAUGAGAAGAUUGAUGGAGAGGCCUUCCUUUUGCUGACACAGGCGGACAUCGUGAAGAUCAUGUGCAUCAAGCUGGGCCCAGCCCUGAAGAUCUAUAAUGCCAUUCUCAUGUUCAGAAAUGCCGAUGAUACCUUAAAGUGACUGUUACCAUGGGCCAGGACUCCCAAUUCUCGGGGUCCUCCCCCUCCUGCUGACAUCUUCUGGCCCCAGCUCCCCAAACCUACAUCCCCAUCCUCUCUCUGUCUUGCCUCUCCCUGCCGAGAGUCUUGUCUGUUUCCAUCCCAGGUUUGGUCUCCGUGUUUCUGGGGUGGGUCCUUAGGAAGUGGGAAUGGAGGGACUUUAGAGAAAGUGCAGUCCCCAACUCCACAAGCCGAGUUUUCUCCUAAGGUCCUAGCAAAGGCAGAAUAUGGGCUGGAGAUAGCCUUCCUUCCAAGCUAGCCCAAUCUCUUGGUCCAGCUUUGGGCCCACACAUUCUAAAAUUGUUGUGGGUGUUGUUGGGUGCUGGGAGAGGGAGGGACAGGAUUUCUCAUCAGUGAUCAUCACUGGAGUGGCUGGAAUCACAUGGUCCCUCAAAUCUCCUCAAUAUUUCUCCCGGGGACAUUUUUUUUUUUUUUUUUUUUUUGGCAACUGGACUUUUUCAGAGCAGUCAAGAGCAACUUUCAAAAGCUUUAAAAGCUUGGCAGAACGAGAAGCAUCCAAGAGGAAACAUCUUCUGACAAUUUUUCUGAAGUCUUCACCCACUUUUCUCCCCCGUCAGAUUUCCUGUUCUGUUCAGUUGGCCCACCCAUUUACUACAGUUUCCCCCAGCUCCUUUUCUGUCAUGGUGCCCCUGCCUGACGACAGGCCUGGCUCCCCGGUUCUGCCAGUAGAGCACCCCCAGGCCCGACCCAAUCCCUUUUUCCCCCUCUGAUAUUCUAAUCCACAGGGAGACUGGUUUUUAGAGGAUCUGUGGCAAACCCCUCAUUGCCUUCCUCCCACUGCCGAGGAGGUCAGAAUUCGAGCCAAGAUGCCUUCUUAGAACAUGCCUUGAGUGUCAGCCCUGGACUCUAUGAUGUUCCAAACUCCAGUGCCAAGGUCCCAGCCCCAGGGUUUGGGAGACAGUCUAGGGUCUCUUUCAAGGCAAACAAAGGUCUGGAUCAUUUUUAGCCCAUUCCUUUGCUCUUCCAACAUGCUCUCUUCUCGUUGGCUAAGGUCCCCACCCCCCACCCCAAACUCGGGCUUGGGAGUGACCGCUAGUGAGAGAGAGUGGGCCUAGCUCCUGCAGGACAAUCUCUGCCAAAUCCCUGAGCAGCCCCAGGGCUGGGGAGGGGCCGGCCCCCAUUUCUGCAGUCGCUGCCCCUCCCUGCCUGCAGGAUGGGGGUGGGCACCCUCAUCGUGGAACACCAGCAACCUGUCUUCACUGCUACAUGUCUGCAAUCCACGUUGGUGUGUGGGUCAAACUCAUGCUCGGCUUCCCAUGGAAAUGUCGCAUUUUGACUCUUUACUACUGUAUAUGUGGGGUCACUUCUGACCUAUCAUUUACAUGUUUGCUGCUUGCUCUUCAUGAGACAUUUUUAAAAAGAAGAGAUGCUGGGGGUGGGGGGAGGCUGUGAGUGUGUGUGUAUGGGGGCACAUGUAGGUAAACUUUUCUAUCUUUUUUAAUGAGUUCUCUGGCAUCUGUCCCUUUCUCAUGACUGUCCUUCCUCUCCGCCACUGCCAAACUGUUUCCUACAAGGGGGGGACUCCUGGGACCCUAGCCCACUUCUGCUCGGGGGUGGGGCGGAGGGGACAGGAGAGAGACCCCUGACCCCGAGCAGUCACUGCCAAACCUGUCCUGCGGCCCAAGCGGCACUGACCCUUUUCCUGAGAAGGUGGACUGGGCUGGAAUGCUGGGACUUCUUUGUUUCCAGCCUCACUGGUGAGGAAUUUUGAGAAUGUGGGCAAGAAAGGCUCUGGAGUCUAUAUCCUUACCAUGGGCCUUCGGGCUCUCCACUCUGAAUACUUCAGCAAUUGAGCUUUUUGCCAAGGAAAGCAGACCCCUAACCAGAAGAGCUCUGUUUCUAGCAGCCUUGUGCUAUGUGGGGAGGGCAGGGGGAGAACACCAUUUCCCCUGUUUUCUGGGGGCCCACAGAGCCAGCCUCCAGGAAGAAUAAAAGCAAACCCAAGACCAUAAAGUAUAAAUCUGUCCACAGAGCACCAGCCUUGGCCCUACUGGGGUUACAGGCUACAGUCUAGAGCCAGUGGCUUAGUGGGAAGGGGUCCCAGGGCUGGGCUUUCCUGUCCCACCCAAUGGCAAGAGCCCAAGCUCCCCCAGCCCCAGUUUAAGCAGACUGUCUCUGCUCUGGCCCCUGGAUCUGCUCCGGCUCUGCCCCAUUAGCAUGCUGAAUGUGAUGUUUUAGAGAGUAAAGCCUGGAUGGAGUGGACCAGAGGGAGGGUGGAUGUGAUUGUCUAUGUCGUGAGCAUGCUGGGAGUGGGGAGGGGGAAGGGGGGAGAUCAUGUGGGUGUUAAGGAAGUACAUGAGUGGAUGACAUUGUACAUACUGUGAACAUGGGAGAGAGGGGGAUAUGACUUGGGGGUGUAGUGUCUCUGUGUCAAGUCAUACCUGUCUGCGCAGUAUGAACACGUUAGCUGAAACGUGAAUGGCUCAUUGAGUAUUCUCUGCGUGUCUGUGUAUGUACUCGGAUGGAGGGGUAUCUGAGUGUGUAAGGACCCGUGCGAGCAAUAGUAUCUGUAUAUAACAAGAGUGUGGGUGAGAUCUUUGUGGGACUAUAUGUGUGACAAGGUUGACCCAAGAUUGUCUGACUAUAUGUAAGAUAGGAGUCAUAUAUAUGUUCAUAUAUGACUAUAUGAAAGAUAUGAGAAAGGAUGUAUUUUGAAACUGGAUAGGGAAGAGCAAGGAAGGGGUCCAUGAGCCUAUGAGUAUGAAUUUUAGAGAGUGGGUGGGUGGUGUGUCUGUGUAUGGUAUGGAAGCAAGAUGUGAACAUGGUGAGAGCGUUAUGUGAGUGUGAAAGGCAUAUUGUGAUCAAGUGUGUGAUAUGAAAAAGAUGCUAUGAGCACGUGGAGCUGGGGGUUGUCUUCCGGUAUAGGGGGCCCUGACCAUAGGUGCUGACCUGAAAGGCCAUCUGCCCAGGACAAGGUCAGGACUUAGGGAGAAAGUUAAGGGCUAUUACAAUUGAAUUUUUUUCCUUUCAAAACAAAACAAAAACAGAGAAAUCCAAAGCACUGCCCAUUCCUGCCCCUUCACCCCACCAAGGUGGAACCCUGCUGGGGUUCAUUUAAAGAAGGGGAAGUUUAAAAGAGAGGCCCUCAGUCCUCAAUCUGCAAGCUGCAGAGAGCCAAGCAGAAGUAGGACAUUCUUAUGAAGACAUAGAAUGCAGGUUUGGGGAUGGGACCUCUGGAGUCACAGAGGAGCCUUUCUUGGGGAAGGGAGGAGGGGAUCCCUGUACAAAUGGAGCAGGCCCUAGGGAGCUGUGGGAAAAGGUAUCCCUCAGAAGGACGAGAACUUGCUGUUGUCUUUGUCUAUGGUGCUACAGCAACUACUGCUUAUCCUGACCAGGAACUCUAAAGCCAAAGGCAUUUUGGAAUGGGGGGGGAGCUGGGAAACCAGCUGCAAUCACUUGCCCAGAGUGACUUGGGACUUAUAGGACCUGGCAGGAGUCCCCCGCUUCUGGGGUUUCCUUUUUGGUGGUGAAGCUGCUCCCCUGUUGAUGAGGCAAUUUGGUGCCUUGUUUGGGGAAGGUGUCUUGUUUUGUCAGUGUCCUGCCUGCUCUGUACCCCCAACCCACCCUGACUUCUCUGAGUUCUGUGUCUCCCAUACCCCACUGCCUCUGCAUUAUCCUCCAAAGUGAAGAGAGACCUCAGAAGCCAGCAUUAGAAGGAGGGUGACUUGUUCCCAAAGGGCAUAGCCUGUGAGCCCUCCAGGGUGAUGGGGUUGGGGCGAUAGCAUUGAAUUUUGUCAAGGCUUCACUGGUGCAAAGAGGGCAAGAAGUCUGACUAACCCUCCUCCAAUCCUGGUUCUUGGGCCCAGCAUUAUAGUUUUUAGUCAGCUUCUCUGUUAAAUGAGAGAAAUGUUCUUUCACCUCCUGCCUUGAGGCAAAAUGACUGGUGCUAGGUCAGCCCCUCCAGGACCCCUAGUGAGGUGCUAAGACAGUAUUUGCUUUCUUGGAGGGAUGCUCUGCCAGCAAAGACUUGUGUUGUUUGGUUGUGGAGAAAGUAAGAGAAGCCGGGGACUUUUGCAGGAAGGGACCCUAACCUCCCCAAACCUGGAAGCAUCCAUACUUUCUGCAUCAAUGUCAAGCACUUUGGAAUGGAAGAAAAAUCACAGAAGGGGAGAAAAUUCAGCCAUUGCCUUCUGUCCCUCCAGGAUGAAAUCUUUGCACUUGGAUGUGAGGGAGGCAAUGGGGGAUUGUUUCUGGCUAACUUCUUUUAUCCCUCCUCACAUUCCCCCCCCCCGGGCCCCCACCCCGCCAGUUUCUGAGGGAUGGGGAGAUGCCCAGCCCUGGAUUUGAGAGGUGAGAGGCCCCUUCUGUUUAAGUUUGGAUUUGGAAGUGGGGGGAUAACUGUGGUGACAACAACAAUGGAAACUUUUGCACUUUUGUUCUUUUGCACAUUUUUUGGGCACGUUUUUGAUAUUUGCACCAUUUUUUUGUGUUUUCAUGAGGAAAAUACUCUGAUUCAAGUAGAUGCAGCUAAUCUGGAGCUUUAUGUCCCAAAUAUAAAGAGAUUUAAGUUGGGGAAAAGUUACACAAAGUGUGAUGUGUUUUGUCAGUGUUUUGAAAUUAUCAGUAAAUAAAUGUGAACAGUUGAAUCAAAUGA